AUGAGUGGAAAGAAGUUCAAAUCCCAAGCUUCAAGCAGCAGAGCAGCUGCUGGGGGCUUCGGGGGAGGCUCAUUCAGUCCAUUUGGCGGCUUCUCUACUGCCGGACCUGCCCAGGAAACCCCGGCAUCAUCCCUAUCCUAUGUCUACGAGCCGCCAGACUUAUCUCAAAUAUCCGACCCCCAGACUGUGGUCACGUUUAAGAAUCUUUUAAAAAAAGACAGUACCACAAAGGCCAGAGCACUUGAAGAUUUGCAGAGUCAUAUAUCCAAUGUGGUGUCAAGCAAUUCCUCCCUCGAUGAUGGAUUGCUAGAAGCAUGGUCUAAGGUUUACCCACGCACCUCGAUAGAUUCCUCUCGUCGAGUCCGGCAGCUUGCCCACAGUCUGCAAGGAGAUAUAGUUUCCACCGCUGGAAAACGCAUUGCACGGUAUAUUAGUGGUACCAUAGGUUCAUGGCUGGCAGGCUUGUACGAAAAUGAUAAGCUCGUUAAGAAGUCUGCACAGGACUCACUCGCCAAAUCAUUUCCGACAGAAGAGAAGCAACAGGGGAUAUGGACCGUGUACCAGACUUCCAUACUCGAAUUCGUAGCGGACGCUACACUCCAACAAACGCCACAAACUCUGAGUGAUGAAAGAACUGUACGGCCAGACGACGCAAAUGCAAAACAUGCGCGGGUGGUUGCAACAGCGUUACUGGAGUUUACCACUACCCCGACAGAAAAGCUCUCCAAAGAUGCGGAUUCGGUAGAGAAUAUCCUUCAGAGUCGAGAUUUAUGGAAGUUUUCCUACCAUGAGGAUGCAUUUGUCCGACGAUCGUUGUAUGAACUUCUGCAAACUUGUCUGUCCAAGAAUAUCGACUGCGUCAAUUGGAAAACAAUAAGUGCCUGUGUGCUAUCAAAAUCACUGGGUAUAUCACAGACUGGCUCAUCCUCCACGUUUUCGGGACUCCUAUUGGCACUUACCAAAAAAUCUCCUCAACUCUGGACCACAUAUUACUCCGCUAAAUCCCCGGCUAAAAAGCAAUUGAUGCGAUAUAUCAAAGCUGGGUCAGAAGGGGCUGGCCCAUCGUAUUGGUCAGAGUUACAACUUAUCUUGCAGUCACUCCCAAUGGAGGUGCUGGAAAUAGAUAAGGGAGACGAAGCUGCCAUACACUCCAUAAUAUCUAUUGCUGAGGCAAUCCACUGCUCACUCAAAAAGAGGGAGGAAGCAAGGACAAACUUGUUAGCUGCCUGGACUACUUAUAUUAAAAUGAGCAUUUGGAUGAGCAGUAAGAUUCCUGUAGGUGAAAAGCACCUCAAAUUCUUGGAAGACCAUCUAUUUCCAAUCCUUGUGCAAUUCAUCGCUGCAGAUCAAGCACAAGCCAUAUGGACAAUAGAUGAUCCCAACGCCUCCAAGAUUUGUGUUGAAUUAUUUAUUGCUCUAAGCCAAAUUCUAGAACACGACACCACCAGCGGCUUAUGUACAAAAUUGGCAACAAUACUGAAAGAUAACAUUUUAAUUUCGGAGCCAGAACAGUCCAAAACAUACCGAGCUUCCCAGGAUUCGGUUUGCUCUAAAGGAAGUCGGUUUUUCACCCUUUGUGGUGGAGUUGUUACAAAAGUUUCUGAAAGCAGUCAGCAUGCCUUUGUUGUGGAAUCUAUAAAAAGUAGCUCGUUUUCAUUGAUAGAGACAUCUCUUCAAACGCUUCAAUCCCGAAAUGGGAAACCAUAUGGCGCUGCAGCAGUGGUCGAUGAGGCUCUUACCAAGAUACCAUCACUAAUGGGCGAGAUGGAAGCCUUAGAUCCUUUUCUUACCAAUACCCUCCCUCAGCUCAUUUUGUCGCCUUCAGCAGAGCACUUGGUGUCCAUUCUAUUUGCCUGCCGGAGCAGGAAAGGAUUUAAUAACGCGCUCAGAAAAGCAAUUAGUGCAUACCACAAUACUUUGAUUUCCUCUUCUCAACUGCCAUCAAUGGGCAAUUUAUUUUCCUCAGUGACAGCUCUUGAUGAAGAAAAUAAUCCAGACCUUAAGCUGUUGGUUUUAGGCGUGCUUCAGCAAGGUGUUCGUGGGGACCAUCAGUCUUGGUUGGAUAUUGCAGCAGUUCUUCGGAACAAGAAACUAGGGCCGGAGAUUUCUAAUACCAUCCUUGAUUCUUUAAUUGAAAGGCUGUCCAGUGAAGACUCAAUGGUGGAGGUUCUCCGUGGAUUAUUGCUACUUUCUACAGAAAGUGCCACACCAAUCCAAUCAUAUGUCACAAGCUCAAAUGGCUCGAAAUUAAUUUCCAAACUCUUAUAUCUUACCGAAUCUUCCAACGAUGAGGUAGCAUUACUCGCAGCAUCCUUAAAAGAUCAAGUUACGAACAUUGGAGGUGAUAAUAAUUCUCUCAAACCAACCCUUGAAGUAUUGGAAAGGAAUUUCAAAACGGUGGACGAUGAAUCAUUAUCUGUCGAGUCAUUAAUAGCCAUUGUCCAAGAAGUUCUCGAUCAAUCGUCUGUACAUGAUAGCCCUAAGCUAUUACUCUCGCUACUACCUAGAGAGAGUUCAUGGAAGGUCGCCCUAGAUCCUUACAUUGAAGUCCCCCCCAAGCGAUCAUGUUCAAUAAUGAGUCCGCUAGGGGGUGCUGUGCAUAUCAUUGAUGCGUCACGUAACCUGGACAUUUUACGUGCCGUCCCAAGAGACCGGGAUGGCUUCCCAUUAGCAUUCCGGCUUGCAUACUAUGUCACCAAGCUUCUAACAGCUGUCGGUAUUGACGCCGUGCCUCUACCACCGCUCGAGAAUAUUUUCACAUUUUUUCCAUUAAUUAUCCAGCUAGUUGAUGAAGAAUUGAGUAUUGACGAGUCUACGGCAAUUCUAUAUCCCCUUACUUCUGACACCCGAGCAAUUGCACUUGAAAUUGUUUCUGAGGCUCGCAUCCUGAUGAAUGGUUGGAUUCAGAAGUCAUGUACAGCAGAUGCAGCCUAUAAGGCUGGCGCCAGAUCAUUUGUAUCCUUCUGGGAGAGAAGUGUAUACAACUUCGAAGGCACCGGUUCUCGAGCAUAUCGGUUUGCAGAGUGCUUCGCACGUAUCGUGACCGAAAGGGACGCAAUAAAGCCGACACCGUCGGCUGAUGGCAAAUUAAAAGCAGCAAUGGAAACCACAGGGCUUUCUAAUCCCUUUGUUUUAAUUGCAACUAUUGUUGGAUAUAGGGACUCUAUUAUAGAGACGCAAACCGUUUCAAAGCUCUGUAACCACUUAGUUGCAGAUAUGACGGGUUUAAAGGAUACCAACAAUAUUGGAGGUGAGCUUUUAAUAUUCUUGGGUCUCAUUUUUACUCCUCUGGCUGACACCACGGUCACAGAUUUACGAAAAUUAGUAGUCCUCAAUUCUCUGAUGCAUGGAGGAAACAAUCCAGCAAAGAAUAUCCCCACGCAGAGACUGGUGUUCUUAGUGAAGCAUCUAAUUACGUGUUUGCAGUCUGGGGAACUCGGGGUUGGAAUACUCUCAGAAAUACUGAAAGUUUUGUCCGCAGUUUUGCCCUUGAUGAAGGAAAUAUAUGGAUCACAUUGGCCAGACUUGUUUGAUGUACUGAAGACAUUGUGGCAAAAUGGAGAGCUAUCUAGCGAAUAUCUCCCUGUUCUACAUUCCUCAUUGCGUUUGUUCAGUUGCUUGAGGAAGCUGGCGACUGAGGACAGCAAUGAGGAUCUGGAGGAUGCAUGGAAAGAAGCUCGAAAGUCGCACACAGAAACUAUGGUCAACAUGUUAAAGCAGUUCGGUCCUUCGUUUCACUCUGACCUACCCUGGGAUAUCACAACCGACCUCCUAUCGCGAGAACUGUCUGCCAUCAAUGCUGAUGCAAUCUCUGAUAUUAGUGAAUUAUUUUCCAGCCUUUCCAUCGAAAGCAAAGGUGUACAGCGUGCAACAUAUGGAAUAAUUCAUCGAGCAAUACCCAAAAUCCAGGAGACCUUAUCUUUCGAUGUGGCGCUUUCCAAAACUGCAGUCCAUCUACCAGAUCAGCUCUUGGCUCUUCUCUCGCAAGUGCCACCCAUAGCACCAUUUAAAGAGGCAGAUAUAGACGAGAAUUUUUGGCUGGGAGCUCGCUCGUAUCUUCUUGGCUGGAAAGUGGUGUUCGAUCAUUUCGCGCCUUCGCCUGUUCUAACUUAUCUUCAGUCAAUACCUGUCCAAGAGGGCUACAGCUCUGAUAUAAAGCAGAAAGAUUGCCUGAGUUCCUUGUUAGAUUUCGCGUUCGACUGCCUAGAGACGCCCCAGGGUCAGCUGAUUGAUGCUUCGAAGUUUGAGAUUCGCUCGUUUGAACUAGAUACUGCCGAGUCAUCUAAAAGGGAGAUGCAGUGGCUUCUAGUCCAUAUCUACUACCUAGCUUUGAGAUACCUACCAAACAUCACUCGGGCUUGGUGGGUUGACUGCAAAAAGCGGCUGAAGACACCUGUGGAAACCUGGACACAGAGAUACGUGAGUAGUUUUAUCUGGGGGAAGUAUUUGGCCUGUAUUGCUAACUACUAUCAGGUUUCUCCUCUUAUAAUAGAGGACUCGUUACAGAGUGUAAGCGACUGGUACUCUGGCCAGGACUGGGACAGCGAGGAUCAUGCUCUCGAAGUCAAAGUAUCCUCCAAAGCGGCGGAGAUCAUCGGCAGCAUCGAAAUAGAUGAGGAAUCACCACCGACAUCUAUUGCUAUAUCCCUUCCCCCAACCUACCCGUUGCAUCAAGCCACUGUUAGCGGACGCUCCCGUGUAGCCGUUGACGAGAAGAAAUGGAAGAGCUGGCUUUUGGUGAUCCAGGGGGUGAUCCUAUUUUCCAACGGAAAUCUCAUGGACGGACUGAUGGCAUUCAGACGGAAUGUACAGGGAGCUUUGAAGGGACAGGGCGAGUGUCCCAUCUGCUGCUCCAUCAUUUCCGCUAACAUGCAGACGCCGAACAAGAAAUGCGGAACUUGCAAGAAUACGUUCCAUUCAGACUGCUUGUUCAGCGUGGGCCUUGUCUUAAUCAGAGUGCAACAACAACAGCAACAACAACAGCAACAACAAACAGCCAACGUGGAUAUAUUCUCUCCAAUGGCGGCUGCUCACAUUCCCAAUCUCAAUACACUGCGGCGGGGCGGUGGAAGAGGCCGCGGAAGAGGUAGGGCCGGUUAUCCGGGCACCGCAGGCCGCGGGGAGGGCAGCUCUGGGGACAAGGUGGUGCAGCAAACAGACAACGAUGCCAGCGUCUCGAGGCUCAGCGCCGUCGAGCUGGGCUAUCUUCACGAUCCAUUUGCCUCUAUCUUUGCACCAGAGACAGCUGAGAUACGAAGGUAUCCCAUCAUUAACAGAGGAACAUUUGUGCGGACAACCUCGAUUGACACGCUGGUUUCCCGGUUCCUCUGGGCAGACAAGAAGAAGAAGAAGCAGAUAAUUUCGCUCGGAGCUGGGUCGGAUACUCGAGUAUUCAGGCUGUUGUCAGAAAAUCCAGAGCUGGAUCUGACGUACCAUGAACUCGACUUUGCAGAAAACACGACCUCGAAGAUCGCGAAGAUCCUCUCUUCUCCGCCGCUCCUGGACGCCCUCCGCAUCACAGACCGAGAGGAGGUGAUGACCUCUUCCAAUGGUGAUGCAUUCCACUCGAAACACUACCACAUUCACCCCAUAGAUCUACGAACGCUCACAGCGUCGUCCAACGGCCCGGACCGUCCACGGGUUCAAGAUAUAGAUUCAAGCGCCCCGACCUUGUUGAUCUCAGAGUGUUGUCUCGUAUAUCUUCCUCCUGCCGAUGCCGUGAAGGUUAUCUCUUAUUUUACGGAUAACGUAUUCUGUCCAACCACACCCCUUGCACUGGUUAUAUAUGAACCCAUUAGACCGGAUGAUCCAUUCGGAAGAACGAUGGUGAAUAAUCUGGCAGCUCGCGGGAUUCAGCUACAGACGCUUCAUCGUUAUGCGACACUACAAGCCCAGAGGGAGCGGUUGCAGAGUCACGGUUUCUCAGGCGGUCAGGGCGUCGCCGAUAUUGAUUUCAUCUGGGAGAAGUGGAUCGGAGAGGACGAGAAGAGUCGAGUUGCAGGACUUGAAAUGCUGGACGAGGUCGAGGAGUGGCAGUUGCUCGCAAGGCAUUACUGUGUUGCUUGGGGAUGGCGAGAUGGCCCGCCAUCACCCGGAGACCAAGAAAUGCUUCCGACUGGCGAGGCCUUCCACGGCUGGCGAGAGUUUCCAUCACAGUGA